CACUGCUGUAAUGCAUCGACGGGGACAUCACCUUCGUCGCCCUGGCUCCGGGCUGCGCGUAGCCCACUGCCCGCAAAUAGAUCAGAUCAGCCACAGUCAUCAUGGAAUAGCUAUACCAUCACGCGUUCGUACAACUCCAGUAUACCCCGAAUCACGUAAUCGUUCCUCUUUGUCAAUUAAUUCAAUCGGACUGCUCGAUCACAUGCCUAAUGUUAACUCUGCGUCCCAUCCAGCGUCGAGACAAGCAACACCUUCAACCACGGACCGUAAUGUUCCUGCAUUCACACCAACAGACACUGAAGUUGCACAAUCGUCUCAGCAGUCAUCAAACCCACCUUCUUCAACACCUCCUACCCCACACAAUCUACAUUCUGCUGUCCAUGUCGAGCCAGUGAUUACAACCAGCAGAGAUGGGCCGUCGCGAAGAGGUUCUGGUGCUUCUGCUACAAUCCCGACCUAUUACGACUACAGUGAGGAUUUUAAUCCUAUUCAUGUCCUUGUUUCAAAGGAUACGACGGAGAUUUUAGACUCUAGCCUGACAACGCCACAAACUACAGGAUUUGUUCAACGUGUCCGUCCUAUUCUCGAAGAAAAGAGGAUGUGCGAUAGUUCUAAUCACAGCGAACAUUUUGCAGCGAUGAAUGAAAUUCCAGAACAGCUCUCGCAUCAUGAUAAGCAGCCACACGAGCUACCAGCUUCGCCAACUGUCAAACGUUUCACAAGAGAUCUCAUACGUUCCAGCCUACAGCCUACGUCUGAGGGCGAACUUACGGCGACGCCAUCAAACAAAAUUUCUCAAUCUCAGGAACCAAUAAUUUUCAAAUCUCUAACAAUAACUUCACGAAGGUCUGGAUUUGAUGUCGCAAAUGACUACAUGCAUGAGAAAGUGCCGAGCAAGCCAUCUGAUUACGGGUCAAUUCUCUCAGAGUACACGUCAACAGCUGCUGCACUGGAUUGUACCUUGGUUUCUUCAUCCCCAAAUCCAGUUGUGGAGGAAGGCAACACCGUGUCAGAGUUCUUGAAGAAUUACGGCAGCGAGGAUGAACAUAUGACCGUCGCGAUAGAAGAGCACACUCAGCCUGCAACCAUCGCAACCGCUGAGGUUGAUGUCGAAGCUCCAACGCCAAAACAGCCACGCUGGCACCCAAACUUCCAGGCUGGAACAGAUUUACUCCGCCCACAAUCUGAAAUUUUACCAAGUUAUGUCUAUUCUACUAGCGAAAAAGGCUCUUUGAGUCGAUACUCUACCCCGCUUCCGACCUCAAGUCCUCAGCCGGAAAAUUCGCAAAACAUUCAGCUCGCUAAAAUAGGGCUGAAACCAAAGCCUGAAAGUAGGAAAGAAAUUUCACAAAAACCGGCAGUCGUCCAAAGCCACUCUUGUUCGGAAGGUAUUCAGCCUGUACCUCCAAAUGAGUCAGAUUUAGAGACGCGUGUUCCUCUUUCAAUGUACACAUCCUCCACCAGAAGGAAAGGGGAACUGGGGUUUGUCAGUGAGCCUUCCAAGUCCUCUUCUGCUUCUCGAAUCAACGCGAACACUGAGAAAGACAUAAAAUCUGGUAUUGUUCCGGCCAAAGAAUUGGCCGCGAUACUAGUAUCGCCUUUGUCAGAGUUCAGUGCGGACCACGGCAAAGUUUUCUCUCUGCAUCCCAUCACUAGUGAUUCAUCCCAAGAUCUCGAAAUCAACAAUUGUGAUCGCGGCAUGUCCAGUAUCUGCUCCAACUAUAAAAGCAUUACGAGAAGGUCAGAUAGUCCUGCGAGUAUUAACAGAAGUGCAAAUUUUCGAAAAGUUGAUGCAGUAAUUGAACGCAACGAAGAAGACGCAAACUGCACCGACAAUAAGGUAUCUUCCCCGGGUUUAUGCGCGACUCAGCGCCACGCCGGCCAUAUUAAGGAAGAGGAUAGCCUUGAAGCAAGCAUCAGUGACCUGAAAGCCAUAACUUGCCAAUUUCCAUUGCCACAACGCACUUCUUCUCUAGCUGAUUACAAAGACUUUUGUCGCUCUCAGGAGCCUAAACACAAGUCCUAUAUACUUUCAGAACAGGCUGUUGCGGCUCCCACCAAUACAGAAGUAUUUGCAGAAAAGCAAGAGAAAAGAAUCUCAAUUACAUAUGUUCCUGCAAGGUCCAUGACAUUAGAUGAAUUGCGGUCAAUCCCCUCGCUUCAGUUCAGCCGUGUUGAUCUGUUUUCAAAGCUCAACGAAGCUUUGGAUUUUUACUCUGAUCCAUCUGAGGCAGAAUCAUUCAAGGCCGAAACUCAAUUUCAGGAUCGACCAACCUUGACAGUUCCAUUGCGACAGAAGUAUCGUAGUUUUUUUGAGAGCUUGGACGUGAUGGCAGGUGAUCCAGUAGUAGUGAGACACACGCAGAAUGAUUUAGAGGCAGAACAGUCUUAUGUGCCGCUAAUAGAUCGCAUGAUAACUCGGCCGAAACAGGUCGUUUUGCCAAAGAUUCAGCAAUGGACUCCAGACGAACUCAUGGCUGAAAUAGAUAGGAUGUCGAUUCCUUCGAUUAAUGGCUUGACACAAAGAUUAUCGGAGCUCUUGCCUUCACUUAGACGCUAUUACGGUGAAAAUGGCGAGUUAAAGGAUGACGAUGAAACCGUGCGAUCAGCGCUAGAAGAGAUAAAGCGCUUGGGUGCCGAACUUAUCCCACGCAUACAUGAAAGUGAUUCUGCAGCCAAUGAAGAGGAACAAAGGUUGCUUAAAGGGGACGGAAACUUUUCACGAUUUUCGCUGGAGCGAAGGGAAGCUGAAUCAAUUAUGAAGGUGAAAAAAAGGUCACGAUCAGCCUCUAUGCCGAACGACGUACAUAGCACGUCUCUUUUUGAGCUUGAAGCACUUAACUCGGCUUUUACUCGUUCGCGCUCUUUGUCUCACGGACAAUCUGCCAACAGACGAGCUAGUGUUUCCACAACAGAGCAAUCACAAGCUUCGAGACGCUCUCUGGUUAGCUCAUCCGUGGAGUCAAGGCCGUGGAAUCUAGACAAGAGUUACCCUUGGGCCAACAAUGUCCCAUCAAUCGACAUCAGUAUUCCUGCACCAGAUUUACGACGCGAUCCCAUUGAGCCCAGGCUAUCUUGUCUUCGAAAUUUCGGCGAUGUAGAUGAAAUUGGGGACUCGGCUGAAUCUAUCUGUACUGAGAAUAAACAGAUGAAAGCUGGUGGUCAAAGCAAAACCUUCAAUAUCACAGCUAGUCAUUGUAGAAGAUGCAGCAGGCGAAGUCUUGCAGGUUCAAUAAGUCGAAGAUUUGGCUUACCGAGAUCCACAUCUGUUGAUCGUAGUGGCUUCGCCACCUCACCUAACAUAUUCCGUGGCAAGGAUCGAACAGUUGAUCCUGGAGACCGAUAUCCAACGACUGGAUUAUCCCCGCCCUCGGCCUCGCAUAUCGAUGAGAUGCGGAGCUUUUUCUCGGAUGACAGCUCACAUCUAGAGACGCAUCCAUCUCCACGAGUCAUCAGUCUUCGCAAACGAAUUUCAAAUUUAAAGACCAAACUCCCUAACAUGCCUAGAACGCAUUCGGCUCUCGAGCAGCGACCAACGCCAGUAAGACUCAUCGUACAUCGAUCUAAUUCUCUAUUUUUUGCACAAAUUACCCAAAAAACAGUCCAUUCCACUGGAUUAGAUGCCCACACCGACGAAGCAUCCGGUAUGCCAAAGACAGAGUUUCGAGCAAAGAAGUUAGCCAAUCGCAUGAAGACGUUAUGGUACAGGGGUGGAGAGCUGCUACGAACAUUAAGUGGCAAGCGCAAGCCCAGGAACAGCGUCGACUGGGAUGAUUCUUGUGAAUCAACGGUUUAGUCAACACGUAUGAGAGCGAAAGGCUGUUGUUCU